UAUUUUGUAAUUGUCAGGAUAUAUUACGUAGUAUCCUCAUUCAUCCCAUGGCUUUGCAAGGAGGCGGAUAUACAGAGUAUUGCAUAAUUCGCCACAUUAAAAACAAAAUUCAUACAAGUGAUGUUUCUAUACUUGAAAACCUUCAUUGUAGUCGAGCUCAGUUUGUUGCUGUGACUGACAUUUUCAUAAAGUGUUUAGAAGAAAUCCUCCAUAAACUUCCUAACUAUGUGAAACACUCUAUGAACUGGGAAGAAAGUCCUGCUAUAAAGAAUGGUGUGUUAGAUGCCUAUGAUAUGAAAUUGAAUGCAUUACAAGUUUCAGUUGAGAUUGCCAAUGUUAUAUUGCAUGUGAAUAACUUUAUACAUGAUCAGAACUAACUCUUGAGUUGAUAGUAUUAUGCAUGUAUGUUUAAAUUCAUGCAAAACUCUUGAAUAAUAGAUUGUCAUAGUAUUAGUGACACAGCUCUUUGAGUGAUAUGUCUAUUUCACGAUAUUACUGCAGCUUUUGUAAGAUUUGUAUAAAUUGUGUAAUUUGAUUUACAAGACACAUUUAUGUAUUUUUGUGAAGUUUUCUUUAAUUAUUACUAAUUACUAUUGGUCUAAAUUGUUUCAUGUUGCAGUACAUACCUAUAGUAUAGUUUUACAAUAGACAAGUAAACUUUGUGGUUGCCUAAGAGUGCAAUAGAAUGGAGACACAAUAUCAUUUGUUGUUUUACCACAAUUGAUAAUAUAAUCACCCUCAGAUAUAUUCUGCAAUAACAGAUUAUCUUUUGUCAUAUGUCAUUAGUUUCAUAUUGAUAACGUCUAAAACAUCUUGAAUAUAACAUAACUGAUGCUCAAAAGUAUGGAAAACAUCUCCCCAUGUCACUUACACAUUACAUGUUAGUGGUUGACAUGGCUCUUGUUUAAUUAAAAAUAUCUAAUGCUGUUCAGUUUGUAAAUUUAUUGUACUUUGCAGAACUAAUUAUUAACGAAUUUAUGUGUUUUUUCCUAAUAAAUGAUUUGAUUCA